GGUCUCAUCGGCUUGGGUCAAAUGGGGUCAGGUAUGGCCAAGAAUCUUGCCUUGAAGGCAACUGGCCCAGUUUAUGUCUAUGACUUGAACGAUAAAGCGGUUCAAAGCCUAACAAAAGAAUAUGCUCAUCUCAAGGUCGCCAAGGAUCCCGCGGAUAUGGCCAAACAGGUUUCGACGGUCAUCACGAUGUUACCCGAGUCAUCUCACGUAGAAAAGGUGUAUGAGGCCAUGAUGGACUAUAUCAAUGAAGAAAAUAUCUUGAUUGAUUCAAGUACGAUCGACAGUCAAGCUGCCAAAACAUUGGCAGAAAAGGUAAUGCAGGAAAAGCAAGCGCUCGUCUUUGACGCGCCGGUCAGUGGUGGUACGUUGGGUGCUGAAGCAGGUACCUUGACGUUCAUGGUCGGAGCCCCUAGUAUGGAAAGUUUUACCAAGGUCAAGCCUACCCUGGAGUGGAUGGGCAAGAAUGUCGUCUAUUGUGGCUCGAAUGGAACUGGUCAGAUUGCCAAGGCAUGUAAUAACAUGUUGCUUGGUAUUUCCAUGAUGGGUGUUUCUGAGGCCAUGUUGCUAGGAACAAAAAAGGGUAUGGAUCCUCAUUUGUUGGCCUCUAUCAUCAAUACAUCCACAGGAAGAUGCUGGAGCUCAGACACAUACAAUCCUUAUCCUGGUGUUAUACCUACUGCUCCUGCCUCAAGAGACUACCAGGGUGGAUUCAGUAAUAAGCUCAUGGCCAAGGAUCUUAAACUGGCCAUGAAGGCAGCCAAGGACUGUGACGUGUCUCCUCCAUUAGGCUCCAUGGCAUCUCAAAUGUAUGACAAAUUGGCCAAAGACAAUGAAUUUGGUACUCUAGACUUCUCGAGUAUCUUUAAGGUAAGAAGAAAAAAAUAG